ACUGACUUCACUGGUACAGCUCAAGGGGAACAAGUAUAUUUUCUUCUACGGAGGAAAAGAGGAAUGGACCAAACAGUUCAAAGAGAAAUCAGAGGCCAUCAUUAAAGAUCACAAGAUUAAUAUCGAGUUGUUUUGUGUGGAGAAGAAGACAAUCGAAAGCAAGGACAAAGGUCUCUCCAUGCUUAAGAAAUUCUGGUCUAAUGUAGAGAGCUUGCUCGGCUCAAGAACUUCCGUGGAAGUUGAUCAAAAGGCUCCCGAAAAAGAUGACUACUUUGGGGCUAAAGAUAUCGCAAAAUUGUUGUCGUUCAACUACAAAGAUGGCUGGGUGUUGUUUAGCAAAGGACCCUCGUUGGUGACCAUUGGCUAUAUUCCGACGAUGUGUAAAGUGUUGGAAGAGUUUGGAAAGUGGAAGGAGAAUAUUCAGAAGAAUGGGUUCGAGAAGAGUUUGAAGGACUAUUAUGAGACACUUUCGGGGACUACUGAACCCACUUGCUGCCACUUUUAUAUCCCCACUCACGAGGGAAAGAACCUUGAAAUCCAAUGCCCAGACCCAGGCUGCUCUCGCACCUUGGAGAUGUUCACCAGUUACAAGUGCUGCCAUGUGGAUCCUCCUUUGAAUGCAUUUCACUAAUAUGUUAUGUAUGUUUGUACUAAUAUAUCUAAUGUACGUACUUCUGAGUCGUAAUAAGAUUAAAUAAAGGGCUAACUUAUGUAUAAAGAUUGCUUACGUAUAUGGUAAGUAAUCUGCUAGCUCAUGUCCUCAGAAUUAGUACGUAUUUCGGUCGUGGAAGCGUGUGUGUUUUGUGUAUGUCCAAUAAUGGCAUUUUUUUUACGUUAGUAAUAAUUUGAUGCCUCAUCUAC